AUGGAGAUGAACUACGAUGCUGCGGAGCUCCACCAGAUCGAGCAGGAGCUCCACCAAGAGAUUCUCCCCGGCACUGAGAUCAUGACCGAUGUGGGCAGUCACCAUUUCGUCAAGGGUGGCUCGCACGUCCUUGUCCCCCAGCCGUCGGACGAUCCGCACGAUCCGCUCAACUGGUCACCGCUAUGGAAAGGUCUCGCCAUUACCGCCGUCAGUAGUGUGAGCUUCAUGCAAGGCUUCGGGCCGCUUGCUCUUGCCCCUAUGUUUCCGUACUACAUCGAGGACUUCCACUCCAACCUUGCAGACGUUGUCAAGUUCACAGGCGUCGCUAUCCUUGUCCUUGGCUUCAGCAACUUCAUAUGGGUUCCGUUGAGCACGUCUUUCGGACGACGUCCUGUCUUACUCGCUUCGCAGAUCAUCUGCUUGGUCUCCUCUAUCUGGCGUGCCACCGCCAAGGAUUACUCGAGUUUCAUGGGCGCUUGUGUACUGAACGGCAUCGGUGCUGGCCCAGCGGAGAGUAUCCAGCCUGCCGUCAUCGCGGACAUGUUCUUCUUGCACGACAGAGGUUUCUGGAACACUCUCUACUGGGUGUUCUACAUGGGCAGUCUCAUGGUUGGCCCUAUCAUCUCCGGCUCCAUGUCCCUGCACGUCGGCUGGCGCAACUUCUGGUGGUUGAACACCGCCCUUAUCGCCGCUUCCUUCCUCAUGGUACUGUUCAUGUUUCCCGAGACCAAGUGGCACCGCAUGCACCCCAAUGAGGUUACACAACACCUCAAGGUCGCCGAUGUGUCCAAUGAGAAGACAGCGGAGAAAGCAACAGGCAUUGAGGACCCCGAGAAGCUUGGUGGAGACGUGACCAAGGUGCCUACACAUGCCACAAUGCCAGAAAUUACGCACCAGGCAACGGCAGAGCGCGAUCCGUACCUUGGAAAGGGCACGCCGAGCAAGCAGCAAUGGAAACUGUUCCAACCGAACCCGAAUCCACUCAAGGCCAUUGCAUUGGAUCUGUGGAUCCCGUGGAAGCUGUUCGCCUUCCCCAUCGUCGAGUUUGCAGCCUUCGUCGUCAGCUGGUCUUGCAGCAGCUUCUUGACGCUCAACCUGACCCAGAGCCAGAACUUUGCGGCACCACCAUACAACUUCAACUCCCAAUCCAUUGGCUUCAUGAAUUUCGCAAUCUUGGCCGGUGCAAUGAUCGGUCUAGCCACUGCUGGUCCUUUCAGCGAUUGGGUUAGUGAUCGGGCUACGAAGCGAAACGGUGGAAUUCGAGAGCCGGAAAUGCGUCUCCCAGCGAUGAUUCCGUACGUACUUGUCAUGAUGCUCGGCAACUUCGUUGUCGCCUUCGGCUACGAGCAGAAGUGGCCUUGGGAAGCUAUUGUCAUUAUCGGCUACGCCUGCGCAGGUCUUCAGGUUGCGGCUCUACCUGCUAUGGUCAACACGUACGCCGUCGACAGCUACAAGCCCGUGGCCGGCUCCCUGAUGGUUGCCAUUACGGUCAACAAGAACGUUUGGGGUUACGGUUUCGCAGAGUUCAUCACUCCGUGGAUCAUCAAAGACGGCUUCGUGCCACCUAUCAUGACCAACAUGUGCUUGGUUACCCUCUGGUGCUCGUUCGGCAUAGUGUUCUACUUCUACGGCAAGACUUUCCGCAGGUGGUCGCGCAACUCGAGCGUCCAUCAGAUGUAA